GGGCAGAGCAGACAGACACAGAGGAGGGCUGGUGGAGGGAGGAAGGCUGCUUGAUGCCGCCGGGGUUUACCGGGAAUUAAAAAUCUGACGGCGGACACUGUUCUGAAAGGAGGAAUUAUAACACAACAAAAAUGCGUCUUUUCGGGAUUUGGAUGCUGAUGGCGACUCUGCAGGUUGUUGUUCUGGGUGGAGAGGCCGAGCAUACGUCACCAAGCGAGCAGGGGUCGUUGCCAUGCACGAGGGGCUUUACUCAGAAGGAAUACAUCAUCGAAAUGGAGCAAGAGUUGGCAAAGGGACAGGCCAUCUUCAACGUGAGCUUCAUGGACUGCGGUGGAGGAAAGGUGUGGCUCGAGGUUGGAGAUCCUUCUGAUUUCAGGGUGAGUCAGAACGGUUCAAUCUACGCCCUGCGGCACGUCAACCUGGUUGGAAAGGGAGAAGCCGCGGUAGUGGUCUACGCUCGAGACCUGCAGUCCAAACAGGUCUGGAAGACCAAAGUGCACCUCCACGCAAGAUCUCAACAGGUAAAGCCCAGUGAUGCAACACUGACUCAGCGGGUACCAGAGAUCUUGUUUCCAUGGCGCAGCGUGGUUGUCAGGGGUGAUGGCACUCUUAGGCGGGUGAAGAGGGACUGGGUCAUUCCGCCUAUCAACGUCCCUGAGAACUCACGAGGACAGUUCCCUGAGGACCUAGUCAGAAUCCGCUCAGACCGGGAUAAGAACCGGAUGCUGCGUUACAGCGUGACGGGCCCCGGGGCCGACCAGCCUCCGACCGGCAUCUUCAUCAUCAACCCGAUCUCAGGCCAGCUGUCUGUCACCAAACCUCUGGACAGAGAGCACAUCUCCAACUUCCAUUUGCGAGCACACGCUGUGGAUCUGAACGGAAAUCAGGUGGAGAACCCCAUCGACAUCGUCAUCAAUGUCAUCGAUCAGAACGACAACAGACCAGAGUUCACACACACCAUCUUCAACGGCUCUGUACCGGAGGGAUCCAAGCCUGGAUCCUUUGUGAUGACAGUGACAGCGGUGGACAAGGAUGAUCCAAAAACUGCCAAUGGGAUGCUGCGAUACAAGAUCCUCUCUCAGAACCCCCAGAGCCCCUCCACCAACAUGUUCACCAUUAACAACAAGACUGGUGACAUCAUCACGGUGGCAGCAGGCCUCGAUCGAGAGAAAGUCACCCAGUACACCCUGAUCAUCCAGGCUACAGACAUGGAAGGAAACCCCACCUACGGUCUGUCCAACACAGCCACAACCGUCAUCAGGAUCACCGAUGUCAAUGAUAAUCCCCCUGAAUUCACCACAGACACGUUCUUCGGGGAGGUUCACGAGAACAGGGUGAAUGUGAUCGUUGCUAACCUGACCGUGACGGAUAAAGACCAGCCUCACACUCAAGCCUGGAGCGCUGUGUACCGCAUCAUCGCUGGAGACCCCACUGGGCGCUUCUCCAUCCCAACUGACCCAACCACCAAUGAGGGCCUGCUCACUGUGGUCAAGCCCGUAGAUUUUGAGCUGACCCGUUCCUUCAUGCUGACAGUGGAGGCAGAGAAUGAAGUAGCAUUGGCCCGCGGCAUCCACCUGCCUCGGCAGUCCACAGCAACUGUCUCAGUGCGAAUCCUGGACAUCAAUGAGAGUCCAGAGUUCAGCCCAAACCCCAAGUCCAUCAAGCUGGAGGAGGGUCUACCUGCCGGAUCUCUUCUCACCACCUAUACUGCCCAGGACCCCGACCGCUCCAUGAGACAAACUGUCCGGUACUCCAAGAUGUACGACCCUGCCAACUGGCUGGAGAUUGACCCGGUUAACGGUCGGAUUUCCACCAUCGCCAUCCUUGACCGAGAGUCUCCCUACGUCAAGAACAACCUCUACAACGUUACCUUCAUGGCUUCUGAUAACGGUAUCCCACCUGCCAGUGGGACAGGAACACUUCAGAUGUACCUGCUGGACAUAAAUGACAACGCACCUCACGUGUUCCCCCCUGAGGUGGAAAUGUGCGAGAAGCCAGAUCCCAACGCCAUCAACAUCACAGGCAGCGACCCAGACCUGACCCCUAACGCUGGACCCUUCGCCUUUGAGCUGGCAUUCCGUCCGUCAGACGUGCGCCGUAACUGGACGCUGAGUCGUGUCAAUGGCGAGUAUGCCCAGCUUCGACUGAGGAUCGGCUCUCUUGCCAGCGGGAUCUACGAGGUUCCCAUCAUGAUCACAGACUCUGGCAACCUGCCCAUGUCCAACACGUCCUACCUGAGGGUCAAGGUCUGCCAGUGUGAUCACCAUGGAGACUGUGUGGACAUGGAGCGAAUGAUUUCUCCAGGACUUGGCACCGGAGCAAUUAUCGCCAUCCUCAUCUGUAUCAUCAUACUAUUGGUGCUGGUGCUGCUGUUUGUGAUGUGGAUAAAGAGGAGGGAUAAGGAGCGCCAGGCAAAGCAACUCCUCAUUGACCCCGAGGACGACGUCCGAGACAACAUCCUCAAAUAUGACGAGGAGGGAGGCGGAGAGGAGGAUCAGGACUACGAUCUGAGUCAGCUGCAGCAACCUGAUGCCCUGGAGUCAGAGUGCGUCAAGGUGGGGAUCCGACGCCUGGAUGAGAGGCCCCUCCAUCAUGACCACCAGUACCCCAUCCGCUCUGCUGCCCCCCACCCAGGAGACAUAGGAGACUUCAUCCACGAGGGCCUGAAGGCGGCAGACAACGACCCCACCGCUCCCCCCUACGACUCCCUGCUGGUGUUUGACUACGAGGGCAGUGGCUCCACCGCCGGCUCCCUUAGCUCCCUUCACUCCUCCUCAAGCUGCGGAGACCAGGACUACGACUACCUCGGCGACUGGGGGCCACGCUUCCGCAAGCUGGCCGACCUGUACGGCGGAGGGGAUGAUUAACACCUUAAACCCACACCAACAACAACCACCCUCCCCACCCCAUCCUUGCUCCAAGGUGGUGGGUGUAGGAUUAAGGAGAGAGGGUAUGGGGUAAACAUGGGGUAUAUGGAUUGGCACUUCUGUAUUACCACGGGACAGCUUGUAAAGAGACGUUGCUGCCCCUAUGACGACGGUUGAUGACACUAGGGACCAUUCUGACUCCUGGCCUAGCAAGGCCUGGCACCGGCUAGCAUUCAGGCUAAUGGACAUUAUCAUCUGAGCGUUAGCCCCCCUGUGCUAACAAAUGUGAGCAGCCAGAACAGUGCGCUCAGAGGGGAUGUUGUCUCUAUGAUGGUUAAGAGCUACGACAGCCAUGCUACAGACGCUCAUUUACACUUGAAUCUCACAGUACAGGAGCACUGGGGUCAAAUGUGCCUUUUUGUACAUUCUUUUGAUUGUGUUCGAGUCUCGAUUCUGUACGUUGCUUUAAAGCUCCCGGUGUUUUGCAUUUGCAACGUGGAGGGGCACUUCGCCAUGACAACGAACGCUUGUGUGUGUUUGGGUUCCACGUCAUCACCUGUGUGUGUGUGUGCGUGUGUGUGAAUGUGUGUGAGAGAGCGCGUGUGAGACAUUUCCACAGAGACACACUGGAUGGACACUAAAGGGCAAAGCCUACUAUGUGACGCCUUGGAUGAUCCUACCAGCAAAAACAUGGCUUUACUGUACGGCUCUGGGUGUUAAAGGUUUCUUUUUUUCCCAUCUGAUUGAGUCAGAAAAUGACGACUACACCAGUAUACGAGUGUGUAGAGUUAUACAUAUUUAUGUUUGCAACUGAGCUUUAUCUUAAUGAGUAACACUCACACUGAAUGCUGACAUUCUCCUCUGAGCAGAAGCUCACUCACAACUGUUGCCGCUACACAUACGAGGCAAUGGGACGCCUCUCUCUGUGAUGCAGCAGAUAUAUUAGUUACAUGUCUGUGCGCAUAAACAGGAAACUCAUUUCACUGCAUUGCUCUGGUAUUAAUGUGACCGACCGCCCAACAAAGCCGGCAGAGAUCACAGUGUUUUUCCCCCAGACAUUCGACAUCACAUCAUGUCGAAGCUUUGAUUGAAUCGCUGUAAAGAACUGCACUGGCUCUCAACAGCGUUAGAUAGUCGAGGACGUUUAGUGCCACAAUGAAUUUAAAUAACUUCCUUUCUAAAUCUAGGAUGUUUUUUGUUUGUUUGUUUUUUUCAAGUAGUGCAGCUUAAAUAUUGUGGUUAUGUCCUUGCCGCAAAUAGGAACUUUAAAUGAGGUGCAGUUUAGCUUAUUUACAGGAUGACGGCAAAAUGCAGGAGCAAAGUGGUGAAAACAGUCAAAUAUAAUUUCCAUUUAUGUGUUUGCGAGGAUGAAAGAAAACAGGGACAAAGAAUCAAGGCCACGAGCAAAGAAAACAUUUGAAUCACUUUGGUUGGGGAGCGACAGCGAGCUCGGUGAAAUGAUCAAUACAUUCAAAUUCCUGUCAUGAAGGACAUUAAUUGAAUGAUGAAAAAGUGAUGAAUAUGACACAGGGAGCACAAGUGGAUCUGCGCCUGGUGUCGGAUCAGCAAACACGCUCUAGAUGGGGUUUGUAUUUACAGAUGAACAUGUACGUUUGACGAAGAGGCUGCCAACAGAAUAUAAAGCAGGUGAGGGACGGUCUUAGUUCUCUGUAAUGUCUAGACCUGCAGCUGAGUGGUGCAAAGGUGGAAGACCGGAAUGUGAAAGAGAGGCCAACCAUCCAAACCAAACCUCUGUCUCUGCUGACACGUCUUUCACACAGUUAGGGGGUUAAAGGUUAAUGGUUAAAGUUCAUGUAACUUUACCACUCUUGCUUAUUACUGUGGAGCAGCUGCAUAUGUUGCAUUUCCCUGCAAAUGAAAUGUUCAUCUUGUACAAAAUAAGCAUUAUGGACAGGAUACUCACAUUUUAAUAACAUCUAUGUCAUGUGCUGUACAGAGCAUCUGAAGCUACACAAAAUAUCAACUAUCAGCUAGGAACCUGUUAUUAAGUCUAUUAUCUCGACGUUUCUCGCCACUGCCAGACUCUGUAUGGCUGUUUCUGUCACAUGCGAAUAAAAUCAAGAGAACAAAUCCUUGUUUGGUUGCUAUGGAAACACAAAAACAUAGGCACACGGAGUAUGAUAACAGUAAUCUUCCAGCCGUGAACUGAGUGUUUGAGCCAUAUGAGUUUUGAGAUGACAAAGUGAAAAUGUUACAGAGCAGCUGUUCAACCAAAUGGAAAGUUUGUUUGUGUUGAACUCUGAUAGAGUCAAUAUACCUGAGGAAAUAUUAAAUAUAUGCAGGUAACAACGCAGUAUCAAUGCCAGUUGACAAUUCAUAAGUAUUAUUAUACUCACUAUUUGUCAGACUUGUCCCAUUGGGAAAAUUCACCCUUUAGUCUCAAGGUUAAUGAUGAAAUUCUGUUUAGGUGUCACCCACACUUUGCUCACACACUCACACAUUGGUUGGAAUGAUUUUCUCUGAGAGGUGACAUGCUGCAGACACUCUUUGAGCUCCUCAUUAUGACACCCUGUGUGGCUGAUUAUGAGUUUAAAAUCAGUUUUGGAGUACCUUCACGCUGCUCGAGGGGUUAAGUGUUUUGAAUUUUAAAAAAAAAAAAAAAACCUAGCAUCAUAUUCAGGACCAGUGUUACAUACUGUAUGAAAAGCAUUUUUCGCCUGUUGAGUCACAGCCUUUCACAGUGUUGUUGUGAGUUUCUGUUAGCAGGAGGCAGAUGAUGGUGAAACCCAGAGCUGUACAAAAAGAGCUGCAUAUUUUUGCCAGUUUGGUGUUCCAAAGCUCGUGAGAAGACAUGUACAGUAAUGCUAGACUUUAGAUAGAUACCUUCUGUUUUUUGUUUUGCUUUUAUCACAAUGUAACUUACGCAGCUGAUUGCAAAUAAAGGGAGACAUCGGUCCUUGUUUUGUAGCAAAAGUACUUCUUGAUACUCUGCUGUGGUGGAUUAAAUACAAAAAAGGCAAUGUUUCUUCUGUCUGCUGAUGAUUUGCCUUAGUGUUCUCUGGUACUCUCCAACUGGCUACUCACUGUAAACUGAAAUAUGUAUAGAUUGUAUUUUUUUCUCUCUCUCUCUCUCUCUUCCUCUCUCUCUUGUUGUUCUUUUGGCUGUGGUCUCUGAAAAUGACAUGCUAAUAUCCUGAAUCCUUGUAUAUGUGUAAUUUGGAUUACAAAUUAAAACGUUUUUGCAUGUU